AUGGCCGACGAUACCCCCGUCACUCUGCGCACGCGCAAGUUCAUCCGCAACCCUCUUCUGGGUCGCAAGCAGAUGGUCGUUGACAUCCUGCACCCGACCCGCCCCAACAUCUCCAAGGAUGAGCUCCGUGAGAAGCUUUCGGCCAUGUACAAGGCCACCAAGGACCAGGUCAGCGUCUUCGGCCUGAGGACUCAGUUCGGUGGUGGCAAGACCACCGGCUUCGCCCUGAUCUACGACUCUCCCGAGGCCCUCCAGAAGUUCGAGCCCCGCUACAGGUUGGUGCGUAUCGGCAAGGCCACCAAGGUCGAGAAGGCCAGCAGGCAACAGCGCAAGCAGCGCAAGAACAGGCAGAAGACCCUCCGUGGUACGGCAAAGGUCAAGGGUGCCAAGGCGAAGAAGGACAAAUAG